ACAAAAAUGAAAACGGAUCUGAGAGACAAAACGUAGAAGAGGUGGGUUUUGUGCGCAGUGAGCUGAAGAGAGAGGCUAUUAUUCAUGAAUCAUGAACACAAAUAACAAUCUCUGUGAAUAUGAAUAACUUUGAGCAACUCACUCUCCGAACUAUGAAUUAUUAAUCAUAUAUGGUCUUCGUCUUCGUUCCUGCAAUCGGAUUAUUUUGAAGAAAGAUUUCCGUUACCAUAUUAUCAGAUUCAAUUGGAUUGUACCAGUCAAUGCAAUGGUGGUCUGCAAAUGUCGCAAGGCUACUAAGUUAUAUUGCUUCGUGCACAAAGUUCCUGUCUGCGGAGAAUGUAUCUGCUUCCCGGAGCACCAAAUCUGCGUGGUCCAAACUUAUUCAGAAUGGGUUAUAGAUGGGGAGUAUGAUUGGCCCCCUAAAUGCUGCCAGUGCCAAGUUGUUUUAGAAGAGGGGGCUGGAUCUCAAACUACUCGACUGGGUUGCUUGCAUGUUAUUCACACAAAUUGCUUGGUCUCUCAUCUGAAGAGUUUUCCUCCACAUACUGCUCCAGCGGGAUAUGUAUGUCCUUCAUGUUCCACUUCGAUAUGGCCUCCCAAAAGUGUGAGAGAUUCUGGAUCACGUCUUCAUUCCAAGUUGAAGGAAGCUAUCCUGCAGACUGGUUUGGAAAAGAAUAUCUUUGGAAAUCAUCCAGUUUCAUUGUCAGGGAGUCCUCCACCUGCUUUUGCUUCAGAUCCAUUGAUUAAUAGGGAAAGUCAUGGAAACUCAGACUCAGUAGAAGGAUACUCAGCUACAGCUGGAUCUCAACCUUCUAAACUUUCGGUGUCAGAUAUAGUGGAGAUAGAUGGUCCUAAUUCAGCAGGAAACUUCAUGAAUGUCUCAAGUCCUGUUCCUGGAGCUACCACAAGGAAGGUCUCAAUCCAUGCUGAACGACAGAAUUCUGAAAUCUCAUAUUAUGCUGAUGAUGAAGACGGGAAUCGUAAAAAGUAUACAAAAAGAGGUCCAUUCCGUCAUAAAUUCCUUCGAGCAUUGCUUCCAUUCUGGUCUAGCGCUUUACCUACUCUACCAGUGACUGCACCACCAAGAAAAGAUGCAUCAAAUGGAACUGAGACAUCAGAAGGCCGUACAAAGCAUCGAAGAUCAUCAAUGAUGGACCCAAGAAAAAUUCUUCUCCUGAUUGCAAUUAUGGCAUGCAUGACAACCAUGGGCAUAUUGUAUUACAGACUAGUGCAAAGGGGUCCAGGGGAAGAGCAGCUUCUUCGUGAUGAACAAAUUUGAGAUGGGAAUGCUCUGAAUCUUGCUAGAUGUUCAGUGGCUCCCAUUUUGUGUUGCUGAUUUUUCUGGUGCUUCUGCUGCUUGCUGUUUGGCUUCUUUUUUUGGACCAGUGGCUGUUUUUGGUGAACAUACAAGUAGCUAGCUCAUUGAUAAUUUUCAUUCGAAUGCCGUUGAAGUGAUGUAUCAAAUACCCUUGUCAGCCAUCUUUGCCCUUUGCCCUCAGUUUUGGUGUCCAUUUGGAAUGGAAUUGCACAUUCAGGAUUGAAUGUUGUUAUCUGAAUUGGUUUAAGUUGUAAUUAUGUGGGAUCCUUGAAUCUUGAAGACCAACUUGUCUCAACCAUUUGAUAUAUAAGUCGCACAUUAUUAGCUAGUCUUUGUUGUUUCAUAAAACAGCCCCAUAGAUGUUAUGCAGUAAUACCAUCUUUAUAUAAAUGAUACUUCUUGCUCCAGCAGAGUGGAGACUCAUUUCAGUUUCAGUGCUAGACUGCUAGGUCGAGUCUGACCCGGGUCUAUCUGCUUCAGGUGUGUUUUCUGUGGGUCCGGGUCGGGCUGCAUCCUGGCCCGCCCAGUCCUGUCCAAAACAAAAUGAGAGAGAGAAAGCAGUUUCAUGUUUGGGUUGAAUUUCAUUUCAUUAUUAGUGAAAAUUUAUAUAUAGUUGUCUU